AUGAAGAAACGAAGCUGUAAGAAGUGUGGAAAGUGUCAUCCAACAAUACUGCAUGAUGAGAACUUCCGUUCUGCAAGUAAGAACGUAGAACAGAAGUCUUCUGAAGCUUGUGAUUCUCUUGUAUCUCCAGAUCAAGAGAUGUCAGUGUCAUCUUCAUGCAACAACAUUGAACCUGUUAUUUCAGAUACUGUGCUCCAAGCGAUUCUUCCAGUUCUGAUUCAACAAAAGGGAAGUGACAAGCUGGUGAAGAUCUAUGCACUACUUGACAACGGGAGUACUGGCUGCUUUAUAACGGAGGAUCUUAGACAGCGACUUGAGACUACAUCUACAGAAUCUUCACUGAAACUUCGGACUAUGCAUGGACUUCAUGUUGUGAGUACGCAUGUUGUGGAAGGUCUUGUUGUGUCAGAUCACAAUGGUGAUAAUGCAGUGACGCUUCCAAGAACUUUCACUCGAGAGGAGAUACCUGUAAGUCAUAGUCAGAUUCCCAAUCCUGACAUUCUGAAGAAAUGGCCUCAUCUGUGUGCUAUGGCUGACAAGUUGCCCAAAUACCUACCUCAUCUGGAUAUUGGUCUUCUUAUUGGGAGUAACUGUCCUCUUGCACUUCAACCUCAGCAAGUGAUUCCAUCUCAAGGUGAAGGUCCUCUCGCCGUACUCUACAGACAUGGAUGGACUGUCAGUGGGCCGCUUUAUAUCAAGUUCAACCCAGUUGAUAAUACGCUCACAUGCAAUCGUGUGCUCUUCCAAGAACUCACGUCGGCAAAAGAAUGUCUCACUGAUGUGAUACUGAAUAUGUUUGAAAUGGAUUUUAAUCCCAAGGACACUGGAAUAUUACCUGGUGAACGUGGUUUCUCUAGAGAGGAUGAUCAGUUUAUCGACAUGGCAAAUAAAGGCAUCGCGGAAGUUAACGGCCACUUUGAAUUGCCAUUACCUCUCAGGGAUCCAGACAUUGAUUUUUCCAACAACAGAGAACAAGCCGAGAAGAGAGCAAUGUGGCAAAGGAAGAAAAUGCUGCAUGAUGAAGAGUAUCAUGAACAUUAUACUGCCUUUAUGGAUAGUCUGCUUUCCAAUGGAUAUGCCUACAAGGUCCCAAGUGAUGAGCUAGCACCUGUACCAGGAAAGGUUUGGUAUCUGCCACACCAUGGUGUAUACCAUCCGAAGAAGCCUUCAAAAAUCCGCGUAGUAUUUGACUGCAAAGCAAAGUUUGAAGGGUUUUCUUUAAAUGACAGACUCUUGCAAGGACCUGAUCUCACGAACUCCCCGAUAGGUGUUCUUACCAAAUUCAGAAAUGAACCAGUUGCCUUCAUGGCUGAUAUUGAAGCCAUGUUUUAUCAAGUUCGUGUUCCUCCUCAACAACAUGAUCUGUUACGCUUUCUGUGGUGGCCAAAUGGUGACUUGAACUCGGAGCUACAUGAGUAUAGGAUGGCUGUUCACAUUUUUGGAGCAGUUUCUUCCCCCAGCAUAUCCAACUUUGCUCUCAAAGCUGCUGCAAAGAAAGCUGAAGAGAAGUAUGGAAGCCUUGCUGCUGACACAAUCUGCAACAAUUUUUAUGUAGAUGAUUGUCUCAAAUCGGAAUGCACGGAAGAGGCAGCUAUUGACUUAGUGGACUCUUUGCAGAAAUCAUGUGCAGAAGGUGGCUUCAAGCUUACUAAGUUCACAGCUAACAGUCGCAAUUUUCUCAGAUCCAUACCACAGGAACAUCAUUCAAAAGAACUCCAAACACGUGAUUUAGACUAUGACGAACUACCUGUUGAACGCGCUCUAGGGAUGCAGUGGCAUAUCAACAGUGAUGUUUUUGGAUUCUCAGUUCAUCUGAAGAGUAAGCCAUUCACACGAAGAGGACUAUUGUCUACGAUGUCGUCACUCUACGAUCCUUUAGGAAUUGUUGCACCGGUUUUGUUACCAGCCAAGAAGAUUUUACGGGAUCUGUGCAUCAACAAGCAGCUCGGAUGGGAUGAUGACAUACCCGUGGAAUACAAGGCAUCAUGGGAGCAGUGGAUAGAAGAGCUUCACCAUUUGAAUACACUACGGAUUGAAAGAUGUCUCAAACCUGCUGAUUUUGGACAUAUUGUUUCUGUUCAACUACAUGUAUUCUCCGAUGCAAGCACUGUUGGAUACGGUUGUGUAGCAUAUCUGCGUAUGUCUAACGAUGAAGGCGGUAUUCACACAGCUUUCUUGAUUGGAAAGUCUAGGCUUGCUCCAGUGAAAACUAUCACUGUUCCCAGGUUGGAAUUAACUGCAGCCACCGUGUCUAUUCACAUCGGACAACUGUUAAUGAAGGAACUGGAGUCUACACCUGAAAGUGUCACUUACCACACAGACUCAACGACGGUGUUACACUAUAUCAGCAAUGAAACAAAGAGGUUUCCAAUCUUCGUUGCCAACCGUGUCAAGCAAAUCAGAGACUUUUCAGAACCUACUCAGUGGAAGUAUGUAGAUUCAAAAAGCAAUCCGGCUGAUGUUGCAUCCAGAGGUAUAUCUGCAUCACAUCUGCUUACAUGUAUGAACUGGUUUCAUGGGCCCAAAUUUCUUUCCUCUUCAGAAUCAGAAUGGCCAGUACAGCCACAUCUUAUCCAUGAUGAGAAGAUGCUUGAAGAAACAGUCACAGCAACCGAUGCAUCACAGGAUGACUGUUCUCACAACACUGUGAAUAAAUUGUUGGAACAUUACUCCAGCUGGUAUCGUCUGAAGCGUGUUGUAGCCAUAUAUCACAGAUUGUUUGACUCACUCAAGUCACGGAGCGAUGAGCAUCAAUACAAAAAUAAGAAGCAUGCUAAAAGCAACAGAUCGCUUUCUGUGGAGGACCUCAGUCGAGCAGAGAAGAGUAUUCUUCAAUUUGUGCAGAAAAUACACUUUAACAAAGAGUUUGAACUGCUUCAAGGAUGUGAAGGUACACGAGGCCGAGUUCCAAGGACAAGUUCAGUGUAUAAACUUGACCCAUUCAUUGAAAGUGGAAUUCUCAAAGUCGGGGGUCGCAUUGGCAGAGCUAAUAUCCCCAAGGAGAUGAAGCACCCAGUUAUACUUCCUUACAGAAGUCACGUGACGUCACUGAUUAUUACAGACCAGCACAUAAAGCUAGCCCAUGCAGGACGUAACCAUGUACUUUCCAUGCUGAGAGAAACCUACUGGAUUAUUAAGGCUAUUAACUCUGCUGUCCGCAACGUCUUGUCACACUGUGUUACCUCCCGACGUCUGCGUGGUUCAACAUGUGAUCAAAAAAUGGCUGACUUGCCAUCUAGGAGAGUCAAUCCUGCUCCACCCUUUACCUUCACCGGUGUGGACUUUUACGGACCCUUCGUUAUCAAAGAUGGACGCAACACGUAG